CUUGCGUAGGCGAGACGCAAGGGACAGCAGCCCAGUGGCCAGAGCAGUGUCAUCGGCCAUGUCCACCUUGAGUCUCCCGGAGGAGGAGCCACCAGUACCACAGGCAGUGAGCUCGGCGCCCACACCCGGCUCACCAACGUCACCGGUGCCUUUCACAGAGGUCCUGGACGAGAUGCAGGCGCUUCACCAACGCCUCCUGGAAGCUCAUCAUCAUGAGCUCGCGCGCGCCUCCACCGCCGGCUCCCCAACGGACCGCUCCGGUGCGGCCCCGGCGGCGCCCGCGGCCGUGCCAACGUCGCCAAGCUUGGCUCCGUCGGCCAGCGCGCUGAGCGUCUCGCACAGCGCGUCGAAGAAACACGUCAAUUCCAAGAAAUCGGUGAUCCUCAACCUCCCAGCAGCAGCGGCUGAAAAUGUGACCCAUGAGAAGUCGGAGAAGUCCGUUUCCAUCGCGCUGGGCCCCGCGGGAGACUCUGCCUCGCCGCGCAGCGUGGAGAGCCACGUGGAGAGCCGCGUGCGCAGCGUGCAGAGCGGCCUGAGCGAGGAGAGCUUGUCUCCGCGUUCCACGCGAGUCUCGAGUAGGUUGAUGAAGCAGGCCAGGGAAGUGGCGGUGAACAUCGAGCACCAAGUCGAUGAGGACUCGCUCCACGGCGCGCUGCGGCUCCGAGACGAAUGGGCCAUGUCAGAAGAGAAGCUCAAGGAGCUGAAGCGCAUCCAGCGCAGGAUGUCCAUUGGAAGCCGUCGAAGCCUGAAGUCAGCGGUCAAGAGGCAAUACUUGGUGCGGACCGAACGUGAAGAUGUGCCCUGCUACGUUCUGUGCCCCAAUUCUUGGCGACGAAUCUGUUGGGACUUCUUGACCUGCAUCUUCAUCCUCUUCGAGAUCUCCAUUUCACCCUUGCAGCUCUACCGGAUGGGCGAGCUCUUGCGGAACACCACAGAUCUCCUGCAGUGGAUUUCCACUAGCUUUUGGCUCUUGGACAUUGUGGUGUCCUUCUUUUCGGCUGUCUACCUGAAUGAGACGUUGCUUUAUCGCCUUCGUGACAUUGCGUUCCACUACCUGCGCUCCUGGUUUUUCUUUGACGUGGCCAUGUUGAUUCCCGAUCUCAUCGUGGUCUUCCUCCCGAACUUCAACGACGGCCCUGCGAGCGUGGUUCGCAUCGUGCGCUUCCGGCGGCUCGUGCGGCUCAUCCGGUUCCUACAACUCAUUCGACUGUGGAAUGUGGUCCAAAGCUACGCAUCGCUCGAGUAUCGAAUGACCUUUCUGAAGACCAAGUUCGGAUCCUUGAUCCAACCGGUGCUGACGGUGACGGUCAUCAUUGGCUUGUCCGUCCAUGUCCUCGGCAGCUUGUGGUAUUACGUGGGCGAUGUGGACGGUGGUUGGGUGCUCAAGGAAGGCUUGCAUGAGGUGUCCAUUGCACGGCAAUAUACGCGCAGCAUGGAGUGGGCCUUAUCGAAGCUUCCGCCCUCGGCGCUGCGAGUCAGUGUGGAGCUCCAUACGCCUGCGGAGCGAUGGCUGGGGAUCUUCGGUACAGGUAUGGCCUUGCUUUGCGGCUCCAUUUUUGUAAGCUUCUUGACCAAUACUAUGGCCGAUGUGGCUCGCGAGAGGACUCGAACCACCAAGAUCAUGCAGUCCGUGCGGAAGUAUUGCUCCAUGCACGGCAUCUCCUACCGACACACGAUGCAGAUGCGUCGCUACGUGGAACACGAGCACAGGCGGAAGGAGAUGAACAGCCACAUGCCCCUCCUGGAAGAUUUGCCCGAAGGCAUGGUCCGGGAGCUGUUCCAAGAGGGCCGCACGCAAACGUUGCACAACCACGCCUUCUUCAUGGAGAUCGGCCUGGCGGAUUCGGCCAUGGAGCUGAAUCUGUGUAGCCAUGCUGUCUCUGAGCUGUACCUCUUAGCAGGUGACAUCAUCUUUGAUACCACCAGCAAGACUGAAGGGAUGUACCUCAUCGGCGCGGGAAACAGCAUCUACUUCUAUUGGUCGGAAUCCACGAAGAUGAGCGCUCGCAGAUCGAGGAGGACUGAGACUACAGGCAGCAUCUUCCAAAGCAUCAUGACCCUGGGCACCAGCGGGCCCACCAACACCAAUCAGCGGGACCGGAGCUCAACGAUGCUAAUGGCGCAAACCAUGAUUCAGGCGGGCGAGUAUUGCGCCGAGCCGGCUUUAUGGGUCAAGGCAUGGCGUCAUCAAGGACAGCUUCAGUCGGUGGUCGAGAGCCGAGCCUUGUUGGUUUCAACUUGCGAGCUCUUCAAGGUGCUUGAACACUACGCCAACAGUUUGGCGAACACCAUCGUUUAUGCGCGGUGCUUCGUUGAAGAACUCAACAAGACCGCGGACUUGUGUAAGCAAGUCACAGAUCUACCAUUGACUCCCCUGGAUGAGGAGCGGCGACGUCCGCACCGCGCGACCUCGGUGCGCAGCUUGUUCUCGCAGUCCAAGGUCUACCCCCGCGGGUGACAGCCGUUUUCCAUCCAUUCGCUCCGCGUGUCCGCGUGCCGCGGCUCGCGCUCGCGCUCACCGCGUACGGUGGGCCCGGGAAAACGAGCACCCGAAGAUGAUCAACAUCCAUGUGUAACCAGAAGGGUCAUUGAGUCAACGUGUGAGGUUGCGGUGGAUGCUUUCCUGGAAGCCUGAAGUCUCGACUUUGCGACCGGUGACAGGCGAUUGGUGCGAUGUUGGACUGCCAAGAGACCACAAAAACAACCAGAUCUUGGACAUCUCCCACCUUCUUCAUAGGGAGGGCAUAGGGUUUAGGGCAUUGCUCGUGAUGAUUGGGUUGUCAGAUCGCACUCCACAAAACGAUAAGGCG